UCCCGCCCCUAAAACUUCCCAGCCCGCCCAUGUCCGACCCUCGGUCUUUGCCUCUGCGCCUGGUAACGGUCAGCCUCUCUAACUCUGUGGUGGAGUGGCCCUGUGCUCGCUGACUUGUGAUUGUUCCUUGUUUUCGGAGUCCCAGAGUAGCCUAGUCUCAAACAAUAGGUCCUUUCUCCACUAGGCAUCUGGUAGAGCACUGCACUCCUGAAACACCGGGUUGGGUUAGGGGUUUGGAUGCAGGGACUGGAUGCAGGAUUGCUUCUCCGCAGCUAGCGGGGCCCCACCGGAGGAGGCAUUGUCUCCCCUCCCCCAACUGGAUUAAAGCUUGUGAGAACUGUGGGUUUAUCCUGCAGCUGGGACUGCCAGUCUUUUGUCACCAGAGCUGACAGGCUUACGCGUGGCUGGGGCUCCUGCUCUUCUUUCCCCCUGCGGGGAUUGGGACGGCAGAUUGCUUCCGUCUGUCCUUGCCAGAGCCUUUCUGUUUUCUCAUCCCUUUUCAUCUGUCCUGUUGCUUCUUUCUGAUGCGCUUCCUUUCUUUCUGUCCCGGGAAUACGGUCUGUCCUUUGUUACCCUGACUCUUCUAUCCCGGAGUUGCAUGGAGGAAGCGUCCAGUCCGCCAUCUUACCCCAGAAAGCAAAGCAUUUUUCUCUUCUGAUACAGUGGGGAAGGGGGUUUGUGGAGAGGGGAGAGGAGGAGACUACGAAGGUGACGAGGUAGUAUCAGUGGGAAGCCAAGUUGCUGCUGGAGAGAUGUUUUCCACAUCCUUCAGUUUGAGAUGCGAUUCCCCUAAUUAGGUAAUUUCUGCUGCCUGACUAGAGCACCUAGGCUAGAUUCUCCAUCUCUUCUUCAUUUGCAAAUGCAUAGGGCAUCAGGGGCUACUGGGUUUUCCCUUACUUUACCAUAUGGGCAGGAUCCUGUGGGUCUAGAUAGUCUUUUUUUUUCCCCACACACAUAUUUUUUCAUUAGUUUAGCCACGUGCUUUUUUGGACCUAACACUGGUAUCAUACAGAGAUAUCUGUAGCCCACUCCAUAAAGGUUAAUUAAUGCAACUGAUUUCAUUUAGCUACAGGGGCUCCCAAUUUGUUUGUUUUUUUCUUUGUUAUCUUAAAUACUUUUUUAAGUGAAAACAACAAUGUAUUUUAUGCCAAGCCACAAGAAUAUAUCUUGUCAACAAAACACAUUUUUAACAAUAUGUGCAUAUUGAAAUGUGACUUUUGGCUGCAGUCAAUAGAAAAUUGGCAAUAUUAAAUGUUCAGUAAACAGUUUUGAAAAAUUAACGUCUGACUAUAAUGUAAAACAAACUAGAAAGCUUGAUGGUGGAAUACCUAGACUUUAUAGGAUCGGUGGAGAUGUGUGUGAUGGUUAAAAUGAUCAUCGCCUCUACAGGGUCUGGGCUCACUUAGAGGUAAGCCUCCUGGCACACCUGUGAGUUAUCUUGAUUAGGUUAAUUGGGGUGGGAAGACCCACUUUCAAAACGGGCCACUGCAUUCCUGGGACUUGGGCUUGGGUCCUGGACUGCACUGAAAAGCAGAAAGCUAGCUGAACAGCAACAACCUUGGCCAUCUUCUUCCUGACUUCGGAAACAAUGUGACCGGCUGCUUCAGGCUCGUGCUGCCUUGACUGCCCUGCAUGGUGGACUGACUGUGCCCUGGAACUGUGAGCCUGAAUGUACCCUUCCUUUCUUACACUGCUUUUUUUUUCAUCGGGGUAUUUUAUCACAGCUGGAAAAGGAACUAAGACAGUUUGUUUCUCAGAUGCCCUGAGCCGAUCAGCCUUUCUAAAGCAUGAACUGUCUUUUUCUUUAGUGGCAGGGACAGCUGAAAUGAGUUCUCAUGAGCAGUUUUAAUUCCACUGUUACUUUCCACAGAGACACGACAGCUAUACCAACUUGGCAUGCCUAUGCCUCGUCUAAGCUAUUCUUAGAUGCAAAUAAAGACAGCAGCAAGGUCAUACUUAUUUCUAACUUUCUAUAACUCGCCCUGAACACAUUUACUCAGAAGGACAAGGUUCUUGGGUGAGGUUUAGUCUCUUCUUUCCAUACAUUGAAUGUGGGUGUAUAAAGUUGUUAUUUAUUCAUUUACUCAUUCAUUUAUUUAUGUGUGUAUCAGGCAGGCACAUUCAUGCCAUGGUAUAGGUGGAAGUCAGGGGACAUCUUGUGGGAGUUGGCUCUCUCCUCCUACCCUGUGGGGUCUAGGAAUUGAACUCAGAUCCUCAGGGCUUGGCAACAAGCACCCCUCCCUACCCUCACUGGCCUCUGAAGUUAAUCGUUAUUAGUGUAUCUUGUAUUAGAUGAUGAUGGGAUAAAAGAAGGAAAUGAAAGUAUUUUGCGAGUGUGUCUGUAUGCAUGCUCAUAAGGCUUGUGUGUAUAAUGCACAUGCAUCCCCCUGUGUAGUAGCAGGGCCAGCCAGGGAAGAAGAGGGAAGCAGGCUGGACCUCUCAUGCCCGGGCUGCACCGCCAGCUAGCUCUCUAUUGUUGAUAUCCUGCAGAUGAGUGCCAGCUUUACCGUUUUCUCUUCCUCCUUACCAAGUCAGCCCCACCCAUACUGGAUAGUCUGCCUUACGUGAAGUCAUCUAGUUUUACUCUUUAACCACAUGUGCCAAAUACAUCCGCAGCACACCCGCACUAAGGUUGAGUCGGUAUACUAGAGAGCUUAGGCUGGCCAAUUGAAUGUACAGACAGAUCGGCCAGGACAGAAUAAAGAAGUUAAAUGUGUUUCAGCAGAAGAUGAGAAAAAUUUGAAAAAAUAUGAAACAAGGGGAGACUCCUAAUAUAUUAAAGAAUAUGGUCACGUCAAGGUAAUUAGGAAAUAAAACAACCUGAAAUGAAUUGUAGGGGCUGAGGCUGUAGCUCAGGGCGUUUACCUAGCCUGUUUGAGACUGGGUUCCAUCCUGAGCACAGCAAAUGAUGGAGAUGAAAUAAUGUACAGGUACAGUCCAGAGAGCUCAGAAAUAAAACCAUAUGUGGAAAAGUGUUAGGAUAGAUGCAAAAUUACCCAGAAGAGUCUGUACUUUUGCUCCAAAUUCAACUUCUUUGUCGCAGUUGGGUCACUUGCCUCGUGGGAUCCUGGUGACUCCAGUAUGGAUCUAAGCUGCCCUUUUGGCCUACUGGGAAAAGAAGUCCGGAGGAGGAGAAUUGUUCUGAACCAGAAGCAAAAGGACACUCUUCGUGCAUGGUUUCAAAAGAAUCCCAAUCCGGAUUUAGCUACCAGGGGACUUUUGGCUAAGGAAGUGGGCAUCUCAGAGUCUCAAAUUAUGACUUGGUUUCAGAAGCACAGAAAAAUACAGAAACAAGUGGAGUUUGAUUCUUCUUCUGAAGACAGCCAAGCCCAGGGACGGAAUAAACCUAAAGUUAAAGAACCUGGGAGGAGCCGGACACAUUUUACAAAGGUGCAGAUUGAUACUCUAAUUGCAGCUUUCAAGAUUAAUCGAUUCCCCGGGAUUGUUACCAGGGAAAAGCUGGCUGAAGAAACAGGCAUCCCCGAAUCCAGAAUUCAUAUAUGGUUUCAGAAUCGGAGAGCUCGGCACCCAGACACCGAACAGGGUACUCAGGCAACUGCUCAGCUGCCUCAGAACAGCCAGUGCCCUGCCCUGAAGACUACUGAUCAACCUCCUUCUGCAACGCUCACCAGCAGCUUGUCAGUUACACCAGCCUUUUCUCCACCCGACACACAAUCUAGUCCUUUGGACCUCUCUAGGGGCGGUCAGAAGCAGUUAUCAAGGACCACAGUACCACAGCCAUCCCAGGUUGUACAGGGAAGGGGUGAUAGUCCAAGUUCCUCAGUGUUUAAUGGCCACUUAUCACCGGUAAUAACUCGAGGACUGGAGGGCUUCCAUCCUCAGGCUCCUUUAUGGCUCCCAAUCCAAGAAAGAUGUCAAGAUCCCAGUGAGAACAGUGGUCGGACUGUCCCACCUUUAGACGAUUCUACGCAGGCUCCAGCUGUCAAUCAACUGGACCAGAAAGACUUUGCCUUUCUGCAGCACUGGGAUGAAUGGUUCCAACUGAUGCUUGCUGAAUGGAUACCUGACAAAGAAUACUGGUCUCCUGGGAAAUCUGAGCUACAUCCAUGGCAGAUGCAGCUUCAGCAGCCUGCCAGUCUACCUCAUCAAGCAGACAAAAUUCCACAGCAGUAGGGUUAAGCCUCAAGCCAUUUCUAUUAAUUUCCACUGAACAUGGCUUCAUCUUUUCACAUCCAGGCCCACCUGUGGAUGACUGUGCAUGGCUUGGAGAGCGUCUCAGAAGAUUUUCAGGUUCUUUUUCACAGAGGGAGAAGUUUUAUCAGUGACACAAAUUCAGGAGACUGUCAAGAUCCUAAUCCAGGACAUCUGGCCUUGGGUUUGAAAUCAGGGGAUAUAGUGAAGAAUAAAUAUAACCGAAUCAUGGAACUAGUUCAAUUCAGUGAACAGCAUAAACCACUUGGACACAGAAAGGAGCAGCGAUUUUUAUUUUUAAUUUAUUUUUGAGAUCUGGUCUCACUUUUAUUCAGGCUGGUUUUGAGCUCCCAUGCCGCCUCUUCCUGAAUAGCUGGCACUACAGGUAUAUGCCUCCAUAUCUGGCUUGGUUUUGAUUUUAAUUAUGAUUUUAAAAAAAAGUUUGUUGGGCGGCGGUGACACACCCCUUUAAUCCCAGCACUCGGGAGGCAGAGGCAGGUGGAUCUCUGUGAGUUCGAGGCCAGCCUGGUCUAUAGAGCAGGCACCAAAACUGCACAGAGAAACCCUGUCUUGAAAAACCAAAAAGAAGAAAAAAACUGUUAAAAAUCUGUUUCAUUUGUUAUUGGCUAUGUUUUGAAUCUGAAGUGUCCUCUACGAGCUCAUUUUAGAUGCUUGCCUCUCAGCUGGUGGUGUUAUUUGAGUCUGUGGAGCUUUUAGGAGGUGGGUUCUGACCAGCAGAAGUAGGCCAGGGGUGGGUCUUUGGAAGUUAUACUCACCACACGACCAGCAUUCACCACAUGGUGCCUCUGCCCAGACCAACUCAUUUCCCCAUGCCUUUCUGUAACAGUGGACUGAAACACCCCGAUAAGAACCCAAAUAAACCAUUCUUCUCGA